AUGAAUCGAACUCACCGAGAUUUCACUCCCUCGAACCCUAAUCCUUUUGAGGAUCCGAAAGUCAGACUUAGGCAUCAUAGCCUUAAGCAAGACUACCAAGAAUUGCAUAUGAAUACUGAAGCUACGAGGAAAAAGCUGCAGAUAAUGCGAGAGAGAAAGGCAACACUAAUGGCUGAAGUCCGAUUUCUGCGGCGGAGAUACAGACAUUUGAGACAAGACCAGCCACAAGACAUCAAAAAGGUCAGAGGAAGAUCAAAUGAUGGAAAGAAGAAGAACAAGACGCAAAUCCGAAUGGAAGUGUCUCCUAACAAGAGUAGUGUUGUGGAAACUAAGCAUGUUACGCUUCCUGACUUAAACCAAUCGGGAAGGGUUCAAGAUGAGACCAAAACCAGUCCGAAGAAGAGAGUUCCAUUGUUCGAUCUAAAUCAGAUAUCUGGAGAAGAAGAGGAAGAAACAGAGGCAAUGAACAAUAAUGAUCGGAGAAUAAGAGUAGUGGAAGAAAACAGUUCAUGUAAGAGAAUGAGCAGCAGCAUCGAGAUGCAGCAGAAAGAGAUGAAGCUAUCGUCUUGCAGGAAUGGCGGAAAUGGGUCAAAUAAGAGGAAAAUCUCAUGGCAAGAUCCUGUUUCAGCUCUCAGAGUCUAA